GCUGCGAACAGUUUAUCAAAUUAUUUUUUUUCGCGGCCUCGGGAUCACGAUGGUCGGUUUUAUUAUGUUAUGUAAUACUGAUCACAAACCUAAUGCACAGGAAUCCGGUAGAUUAUCGAGUGUUUUUACCAUAAAGUAAUACUACCAAUAAUAAUCAUUCUAUGUCCUAUGGUUUGGAUUCUGUAAAACCAACAGAAAUUGCCGAACACGAUCUUUUAAACAAGUUAAUACUGGCGUGCACGCUGCUCCUAUGUAUUAUAUUGCUUGAAAAAAUCAUACGACAACGAUAACAUAAGUAUAUUAAAUACCUAGUAGUAGUGACAAAAACAACAGCAACGUUUUAACAAGUUGAACAAAUUGCAGCUUGUUAAACCUUGUACAUACUUAAUCGGAAUUUUACAGUGAUCUUUCUGAGAAAAGUGACAAAUUAUCCGUACAAUCGAGAUCAGUUAAAUCUGUAGACGACGAGACUUCUUCACUUUUAAUGAUUGAGAGCGGUAAUAUGGCCAAAGAAAAAUGGAAGUCGGAUUGCGUUAAUAUUCGGUCAAAUGGCAAAAAUGAACAGACAAAAAGAGAAAAUGCCGAACAUAGACUUAGCAUACUGUCUAUAGUCUAUAAUCCUACUGCACAUCCGACGUCUUACCUAAAUACACUGAUAAAUAUGCUGAAAGGAAACGUCGGAUGUGGAAUUUUAGCUAUGGGAGAUGCAUUUAAAAAUGGAGGAUUAUUUUUGUCACCAAUUUUAACAUGUAUCAUUGGAAUUAUUUGUGUUUACAAUCAACAUGUAUUAGUGCAGUGUUCAAAAAGUGUUAAAGAAAAACUUAAAUUACAACAUAAUCCACAAUUUGCUGAGACAGUAGAAUUAUCUUUUCAAUCUGGACCACAGCGAUUUCAAAGUUAUUCAGUUUUUUUUCGGAAUAGUGUAAAUAGUUUUAUAGUCAUCACUCAGUUGGGAUUUUGUUGUGUUUAUAUUCUCUUUGUAUCAAAAUCUAUUCAACAGGUGUUGAGUUGGUAUAACAUACAAUUAGAUGUACACGUUAGUAUAUUAAUAUCAAUGGUGCCUAUAAUGAUUUCAUCACUUAUCAGAAGUUUGAAAUUCAUUGCUCGUUUGUCUGCAGUAGCAAAUAUAUGUAUGCUUGUGGGUUUGGUUGUAAUUUUGUACUAUUGUACUAUUGAUUUACCACCAUUAUCUUCAAGAUCCGCUAUUGCUCAUUGGACAACAAUUCCUCUAUUUUUUGGUACCAGUAUUUUUUCAUUCGAAGGAAUAAGUUUGGUAUUACCAUUAGAGCAAGAAAUGAAAAAACCAAAACAAUUUUCGACUCCAUUCGGAGUAUUAAACGUAGGCAUGGUAAUUGUUACGAGUUUUAUAGUUCUUACCGGUUUUAUGGGGUAUUUAAAAUUUGGGAAUGCAGUACGAGGUAGUCUUACUUUAAAUUUACCAGAAGAAUUUUUGUUAUCUAAAGUCGUAAUUUCAAGUAUGAUGUUUGGUAUCAUAUGCACAUACACAUUACAGUUCUACGUACCAGUUGAAAUUUUAUGGCCAAAAGUCGAACAAAAAUUUGGCCCCUUCAGAUCACCUUUACUUUGGGAAACUGGUUUACGUGUAAUACUGGUGCUUAUUACUUUCAUCGCGGCAGACGUGAUACCGCACCUGAGCCUGUUCAUAUCGAUGAUGGGUGCCGUGGCCAGCACGUUCCUGGCGCUGAUAUUCCCGCCGCUGUGCCAUAUGGCAGUUACCAGUGCCGACGACGGCGGCAACGGCUACGGCGUGUUCAGCUGGCGAUUGGUGAUGAACUGCGUUACUUUGGUGCUGGGUGCGCUCGGAUUCGUUACCGGCACGUACGCGAGCGUCUACGAGAUAAUUGGCGCGUUCCAGAAAGUGGUGGUCACCGCCGCCGCCGUCACCAACAGCACCAGCGUUAACAACUACACGACUGCACUGGAGGCGCACUGAACGUCCCAUUCUGCACAUCAGCGGCGUCGUGUGAUACACACGUAUAUCGUUGUCGACGUUGUCGUAGACUCACUCGCACACUCGAGUACCCCAACCCUAUACGAUCGUUAUACCUCGCUCACACGUAUAAAAAUAUUAUAUAUAAGUAGGUAUAUAAUGUGAUGUAUGAGACGUGGAUAUUUAAUAUUUAUUAUAAAAUGUAUAAUAUUAUUUAUAUUUUAAAAUAGUAAUUCAGGGUCGGUUGUUUUAAACAACAUCGUAUUAAACAAGGUUCAUAUUAAAAGAACAUUUUUAGUAAACACAUGUUUUAAGACAAGUCUUGUAAGAGUAAGAAAAAACAUUGUUCAAAUUAUAAUUAAAAUAUCCCAAAAUAUGUACAACAUACAAUAUUAUAAUGUUAUGAGUAACU